UUAAUGCAAAGCGGGAUCUCAGGAACUUUGUUUCUUGUGAACAUUAUUAGAACCCAUCACGACAACUCUAACACCGUCGUCGGUUUCUUCCUCUUUUCCAGAUUUGGUCAGACAACUCCUCGACGAACGCCAAUAUUUUCUGGCAACCCGGCUGAAGAUCGAGAUGGUGCAAAACUGAGAGAGAUAAUUGAAUUCAUUGAAGAGUUCCAGCUGAAUUUAAUUAAUCCGAAUGGUAACAACGGAUUUGAUAGUGCGGUACGAUUGAAAUGUGGUACGGGCGGGACAAAUGUAUUUGCAAACAAGUGCGGUUAAUGCAAAAUAAGCAGUAUAAAAUAAUGCUUGAUUGGUGAAAAACUAUUUGCAGU